AUGGCGCUGAAUCAUCCCAAUGGCACGCCUCCCAAGGCCAUCGACUUAUCACAUCACCUCAAUACAUUAUCCAAGUCUCGACACCCUAGCCCUCUCAAGGAUAUUAUCAAAUUCAUGGCCUACGAUGGCAUGAUUAGUUUGUCUGGUGAGACUGGCCUUACUUUGGUGGAUCCCUUGUCUCCGGCAGACAGCAUUCCCGCUUUGGAGACCAAGAAGCUGCGGAUCGACAGCACUUCGACCCCUCCACUUGCCAAGUUUCUACAAUAUGGCACUUGCGAAGGCAACGCUGAGCUGAGACAGUGGGCCUACAACUUCACCGCCAAGAUUCAUCGCCCAGCUUAUGCCGACUUUGAGAUCCUGCUGCAUCCGGGUAACACCAAUGCCUGGAGCAAGCUCGCCGGGCUCCUGGUCGAGAAGGGAGACUAUAUCCUGACAGAGAAUUUUACUUACCCAUCAUCUCAAGCCCACUGGAUUCCGCACGGCAACUUUGCUGCACCUGUGGCCCUGGACGGCCAGGGGUUGCGCGCAGAUGCCCUCGAGGAGGUUCUGAGUUGCUGGGAUAAAACGCAUCCCGGCGUCAGGAAGCCCCAUGUUCUCUACAUGGUGAGCGUCGGCUCCAAUCCGACGGGUCUGACGAUGGGCGCCGAGAGGAGACAGGCCAUUUAUGACACCUGUGUCAAGCAUGAUGUUAUCAUCGUCGAGGAUGACCCUUACUACUUUAUUCAGUAUCCCGACUACAAGAUUGGCGGGUCAAAGCCUGAUCAUGAGAUCCUGCCUUCAGACAAGUUUGUAGAGUCCCUGGCGCCGUCUUUGCUACGAUACGACUACCAGGGCCGGGUCAUCCGCCUAGAAUCUUUCAGCAAGUCUCUCGCUCCUGGUUUGCGGUUGGGAUACUUCGUAGCCAAUCCCAUUUUCACCGAGCGGUUGCUGCGAGCCACUGAGGUCGAGACCCAGGACCCGUCGGGCUUCUCGCAGGCACUCGUUCUCGAGCUGCUCAAGGCUUGGGGGGAUGACGGCUAUCUGGCCUGGCAACAGCGCCUACGCAUUGAGUACCAGACCCGGCGUGACUGGAUGAUUGAUGCCUUCUCGUCACACUUUGACCUUGUACCCGCGGAGCAGGUCUCAGGAUUCAAGGGUGACGGCAUUGUGGCUAGCCUUCGACACGCCAAUGGCUCUGGCUCAACGCCCAUCUUCAACUUUGUAGCCCCUACCGGCGGCAUGUUCAUCUGGACCAGGUUCCUUCUUGCCCAGAAUCCCAGGUUCCGACAGCUCAAGUCCGAUAAGAGCGUGACUGGGCCCGAGGAAAAGUUUGCCAACGAGUUUUGGUCACAACUCGCCGAGAAUCUAAUCCUACUUACACCUGGUUCAUAUUACUACCCUUGGCAAGGUGGCGAAGAGGCUACCUCAAAGGUCCAGGUUGUCGAGCCUGAUAUGACGUAUUUCCGAUUUUGUUUCUCAAUGGCAACGGAGGAUCAAAUGAAGACAGGUAUUGCGAGGUUUGCUGAAGUUGUGAAGAAGUCAUGGGAAGUGUAG